AUGGAUCCCAGCAGCAGCAGCUGCAUGCGCAGCCCACAGCCUCCCACCCUGCUCUGGGGGUGUGUGAGGAGCUCCCACGCCGACCUGACCACAGCUCCAGGGCUCAGCCACUAUCCAGCAGCACCAUUCUCCUUCCAGCAAAAACCAGAUUUUGCUGCUUACUCUGAUUUCUCAGCCUCCUGCCUGGUGACAGCUCCCCACAGCUUCCCGCAGGAGCAGCGGGCACUUGUAGAGCAGCAUCCCUCCUUCCAGCACCCUGAGUGGCACCUGGCAGCACCUGAGGCCACAAGAGGAGGAAAUCCAGGACUGGCCUUGGCUUCUGGCCACUCAGAGGGCAGCAGCCCCAGCCUAGUGAGUGGGGCUGUGGGCGCAGAUGAAGAUGAUGAGGCAGCAGCAAAUCCUACAAGUGACUCUGAGAAAAAGCCAUCCAGAAGGAAAAAGGAAAGCUCAGAGAACCAGAACUCAAGCAAUAAGACAGAAACCAGCAGCAAAUCACGGAAGGAAAGGACAGCUUUCACCAAGGAGCAGCUGCGGGAGCUGGAAGCUGAAUUUGCCCACCACAACUACUUGACGAGGCUCAGGAGAUACGAGAUAGCUGUGAACCUGGACCUCACUGAAAGACAAGUCAAAGUAUGGUUUCAAAACAGAAGAAUGAAGUGGAAACGUGUUAAAGGUGGGCAAGCAGUGCCCCUACACGAACAUGACACAGAGGAUGUGGACUCUGCUGCCUCCCCCAGCUCUGAGUAGUCCCUGCAGCAAUGGGAGAGGAGUUUGGAGAAAGUCAUUGAUUGGAGUGUGGGUGCAACUGUUUAGAAUCAGCUACAGAAUGAGAUCACCCUGCCUGGCAAUCCUGUAGCCCAUAGUCUUUAAAAGGUGCAUGAUGCUUGAGGUUACAGAGGCAAUUAAAGAGCACAGGGGGGGAAAGCCAAAGGAGAGCAUGGUUUUGAUUUUUGUCUCUCAAACUGUCUUACUACCACAGAUGUGUCUACAGAAAAAAAACAACAACAAACGCUGAAUGUAAAAUAGGAGUAAUGUUGUUGAGACUCUGAAACAUCCAGAAAAUCCAGAUUGUUAGUCAGCAUAUGCAGCUCUGUUCUCAUCCAGGCUUCCCCUGGUCACACCUACUCAGUCUGCAUUUGGACUUGACAAUGCAUAUUAUCCCUGUGCCCUACUUGGAGGGAAAUAAAUACUUUGACAGUCAAUGAUUUUUCUUGCAAAAUGAGUUGGACACCUGUAUGAAUACACAAUAAGAUUACAAAAUAAAAUGUGAGACUAAAAGUAUAUAUACACAGAAGUCUGCUCACCAGUUUCAGAAGAAAUGGCUUUCACACUGACAGUCCAAGAAGGUCAGUGCCUUGUUGAUGGCAGCAAUUUGCAGAGGGAGAUUUUUUCCAAGCUUACUGUAAAUCCUGAAACUAAAUUGCUAGAUCUCAGUUUCAAAUAUUUUUUCAAAGCAGUCAUUACCAAAUGUCCCAGCAGGCACAGCAGAGAUUGAACUCUCAACACAACAGCUAAAAUAUCACUAUUUUGGUUUCAACUUUUCCAAUAAACUGCCACAGCACCACCAGAAGUCUUAAGAACAUUUAGGAACAUUCCCACUUUUAAAUUAUCCCCACUUUCAACUGAAACUUGUAGUGUAUCAAAAUGCCUGCUCCCAUUUCUUAUAUCUUUUUGUUUCAUCUACUAAUGCCAUAUUUUAAGCAGAAUUUUACACUAAUGUGCCACAUUAUGACCAUUGAGAAUACUGAAACUUUGGUUCAAAUAUUUCAAAGGUAAUCAUUAUUUGCAGCUAUAGCCUUUCACCUUACUCUGAUGCAUUGCUGUUGUGGUUGCAUGUGAACUGUAGAUAUGCUGAGUACAAAUUUGUAUAUCUGGAUUAUAUGUUUAUAAAGCUGUUAGUGGUAAUUCCACUUGUA